AUGAGCAACCAAUAUGAUAAUGCCUAUGUUGAGAAAAAAGAAUAUGAAAAAAGUUUUUGGGAGUCAUUAGGAAAACCUAAAUAUAUAUCAGCACCUAUGGUUGACCUAAGUGAAUUGCCAUUUCGUUUAUUAUGUAGAAAAUAUAAUUGUGAUUUAUCGUUUACUCCUAUGUUACAUUCAAAAAAUUUUGUGGAACAUGAAAAAUAUAGAAAAGGAUAUUUUAAAAGUUGUGAGAUGGAUAAACCAGUAAUAGCACAAUUUUGUGGGAAUGAUUCAAAAAUAAUAUUAGAAGCUAUAAAUUAUAUAAAGGAUGAUGUUAAUGCUGUUGAUAUAAAUCUGGGUUGUCCUCAACAGAUAGCAAGAAAAGGUAAUUAUGGAGCUUUUUUAUUACAUAAACAUGAUGAAGUAGUAAAUUUAAUAUCAGGUAUAACAAAUAAUUGUGGUAUACCUAUAACAUGUAAAAUUCGAAAAAUAGAUAAUGAUUAUCAAAAGACAUUAAAUUUAUGUUAUGACUUACAAAGUAGAGGUAUAAAAAUGAUUACUGUUCAUGGAAGAACAAAAGAAGAAAAAGGUACAAAUAUAAAAGAAUGUGAUUAUGAAAUUAUUAGAAUUAUUAAAGAAAGAUUAAAUAUUCCUAUAAUAGCUAAUGGAUCAAUUGAAUAUUUUGAAGAUAUUGAAAAAUGCCUAAAUUAUACAAAAGCUGAUGCAGUUAUGUGUGCAGAAAUAUUACUUGAAAAACCAUAUUUUUUUUCAAAUAAAAACAUUGAUGCUGUAAAUAUUGUAAAUGAAUACUUUGAUCUAUAUUUAAAAUAUGAAUCAAAUACAAAAUAUUUAAAAGGACAUUUAUUUAAGUUCCUAUAUAAAUAUUUCCAAGUCCAUACUGAUUUAAGAGAUAUGUUAAAUAAUUGCCACACUUUGAAUGAUUACAUAAAUUUUAAAAAUUUACUAAACCAAAGAAAGAACUCCGGCACAUUAACAGAGACGUCUUAUAGUUGGUAUAGGCGUUACAGAAAGGAUAUAUAA